UGUGCAUUGAUUCUUGGGGGCUUUCGGUGUGUCUGUGGGACGGCCAGAGUGUUGGCACAUUCACUGGGCAUUAGUCGCCUGCCGGCAAUCGUGAGUUGCUGUUCAGCCUUGCUUCUUGGCUGUGUGUUAAUUCCAAAAAAUCCGCUCACUAAAAGCCAAUCCCGCCCAAACCGGAAGAAUAUUUGGAGUGAUUUAGUGUAGAUAUUCUCCUCACAUUCUUCAGUGUCUCUAUUUUUAGUUCUGUUACCCAGUAAGCAUGAGUGAGUCGGAGGAUUUGCUGCGGACGGAGGACACUGAGAUUGUGGCGGAAGCUGCUGAGGAAGCCAUGCCGAUCGUCAGCAAGGAGAAGACGCCCGAUGAAGCGGACUCGGCGGUGGCCAAGACCGGCGACAAGGGCAUCUUCUCCCUCAUCUUCACCGUGGCGAAGAGAGUGGCCGUCGUCAGCGUGAUCUACUUCGUCGGCUACAUGGGAUGGUCGGUGGCGUGGCUGAUAGCGCCUGUGAUCCUCUCCGUGGCGCGCACGGAGAUGCGCAAGAAGACCGAUCUGAGGCGAUCCAUUGCGAAGGCAUCGGCAAUUGCGACGGAGAGGGAAAUGAUCCUGGCGCGAAUUGACGAAUUGCCAGCCUGGGUCUACUUCCCCGACAUCGAGCGCUGCGAGUGGGUCAAUAGGAUUCUGAAGCAAGUGUGGCCGAAUGCGAAUCACUACGCCAAGAGUCUCAUCAAGAACACCAUCGAGCCGAAUGUGCAGAAGGCUCUGGCCAACUACAAGCUCAACAGCUUCAAGUUCGACCGCAUGAUCCUCGGCACAAUUCCGCCGCGCAUUGGCGGUGUGAAAGUGUAUGACAAGAACAUCUCGCGCAAUGAGAUCAUCAUGGAUUUGGAUCUCUUCUAUGCCAGCGACUGUGAUAUCAACUUCAAUCUGGGCGGCAUGAAGGGUGGCAUCAAGGACUUCCAGAUACACGGCAUGGUGCGCGUGGUGAUGAAGCCACUGAUCAACAAGAUGCCCCUCGUUGGUGGGCUGCAGAUCUUCUUCCUCAACAAUCCCAACAUUGACUUCAAUCUCGUGGGCGUGGUGGAUCUGCUGGACAUGCCGGGACUCAAUGACAUGCUGCGGAGGAUCAUCAUUGAGCAAGUGGGCGCAAUUAUGGUGCUGCCGAACAAAUUGCCCAUCAAGCUCAGUGACGAAUUGCCAGCUGUGACACUCAAGAUGCCCGAGCCAGAGGGUGUUCUUCGUGUGCACGUGAUGGAGGCGAAGGAUCUGAUGAAGAAGGACAUUUCGGUGCUCGGCAAGGGAAAGUCCGAUCCGUAUGCCAUCGUGACUGUGGGCGCUCAGCAGUUCCGCACGCAGAUCAUCGAUAACAAUGUGAAUCCCAAGUGGGACUUCUGGUGUGAGGCCUGUAUUGAUGUGUCUCAUCACACAGUUUUUGGUGUGAAGCUUUUCGACUGGGACAGAACUGGCGAACACGAUCCACUAGGAAGAGCAACAGUUGAGAUCACCAGCGUGGUGAAGAAAGGACAAGUCGACACGUGGCUCACGCUGGAGAAUGCGAAGCAUGGAAUGGUUCAUCUGAGACUGGCUUGGAUGACACUCAGUACGGAUCGAAAUGACCUUUCGGCGGCUCUGGUUGAAACCCAGUUGCUGCGCGUGACGUCCAUGAGCACAGCUCUGCUGACAAUCUUCAUCGAUUCGGCCAAGAAUCUGCCACAGGCGCGUCCGCAGAGCAAGCCCGAUCCCUUCCUGAUGGUGAAUGUGGGCAAGAAGCAAGAGCAGACGGCGGCACAGAUGCGCACCGAUGCUCCGGUGUGGGAGCAGGGAUUCACCUUUCUGGUGAGCAAUCCGGAGAAUGACAGUGUUCAGCUGAGGAUCAUGGAUCAGAAGACGGAGAAGGAGUUGGGAAAACUCGCUUAUCCGCUGAGUUCUUUGCUGGCCAAGGCGAAUAUGGAUGUGAUUUCGGAGCCUUUCAAUCUGCAAAAAUCCGGUCCCAUUGCGAAGAUCAUCUUGUCCAUGUCGCUGAGGAUUCUCCGGAAUGCACCCAACACGGAGGACGAGGUGGAGUCCACGGGCAGUGAUGAUCUGUCGCACACAAACUCCGUGAAGAGUGCGCAAUUGUCGAAGCAAGACUCACGAUUGUCCGUGGGAACGAGUGGUGAUGCGCCAUCGUCGGUGCAAGAAGAGCCCUCCGCUGUGUCUUCCACAGCCACUGUGUCUUCCGCAACACCACCAGCCACUCCUGAGUACCGGGAGUCCACUCUGAUCCAUCGCACCGCCAGCACAACGUCUUCCGGCGGUGUCGCUGGGUUGGGACGCAUUCAGCUGACGCUGCGCUACAGCGUGACGCGCCAGAGAUUGAUUGUGAUUGUGCACAAGAUCAUGAACAUCCCACUCAAGGAUCCGUCCAACAUCCCCGAUCCCUACGUGAAGCUGUACCUUCUGCCCGGACGCUCGAAGGAGUCCAAGAGGAAGACAACUGUGGCCAAGGACAACUGCAAUCCAGUGUACGACGCCACGUUCGAGUACAUCAUCUCCACGGCGGAGCUGAUCGGGUCAGAGCUGGAAGUCACCGUGGCCACGCAGAAGGGCUUCCUCAGCGGCGGCAGUCCCGUGAUUGGACUCGUGCGCGUGCCGCUGAACGACAGCGAGAUUUCGCAGCAGGGAAGCACUUCGUGGCACGAUCUGCUGCCCGAGAACUACGAGUAGGGCAUUGUGUGCUUAAGCGAAAUGCUGCAUUUUGUGACGCUCUCAGAGAUCGUCACGAACAAGAGAGAUUAUUAUUGGAAAUCAGGAGCUUGUCAAAAUUAUUCAAUUAUAAACUGAUAUACUCGUGGGUAAAUUUUAUCAAUUUUAAAGAUACAUUUUUUCCAUAGGCUUUUUUUGUCCAAAAUUGUUGUUAAAUGUUUCCUUUUGGGAAGACGAAUUUAGCCAAAACGCCAAGAUUGCUUAGUAAAAUGUCAAAGAAUUUAUUGGUCUUGAAACAUUGAUAAAUGUUAUUAAAAAAAAAUUGUUAAAAUACGCAAUUAAAUUUAAUCAAAUCAAUUAUGUAAUUUUCCAUAAUUUCCAAAAUCAAAGAAAUGAUAUUGUAGCUUAAGAAAAUUGCACAUAACUUUCUUAUCACCGCACACAAUCUGGUUUCUUUUAUUGCACGCAAUGAGGAAGUGAUAUUUAAAAUUGGAUUUUACUUAUCUUCGAGUAUUUCCCCAUCCCAUGUUGUGUAAACAAAUUAAUAAGAUCUCUGUUGAGAAACUCUGUGUGCUUUAGAAGAGAGGAAUAGCCUACAAUCGUGUAUUGGGAAUCUAAUCAAAAGCUAAAAGUGUACCUACAAGUGCUACAGUAGAAAGUGUGAAAAAAGAAAUCUAGGGAACUUUGACAAUUUUUAUUUCAUUUUUGCUAUUUGUGUAUUUCUCUUAUAAAUACCAUAUAUUAUGUGAAUGCCAACUUCUCUCACUGUCCAUGUCAGAUUUAUAAGGAGAAUUAUAUUUUAUUUUACAGAAAGAUGAAGGAAAAAUUUAUAGCAUUUAGUGAAGAUGAAGAAGAAAAAAAAAAGUUUACACAAUUUAUUAUCAACAAGAGCACUUUGGAAUUUGUGACACAACCAUUUACAAAAUGGAUUACUAUUAUAUUUAAUGAUGAUGAAUAAUAUAUAAUUGUUACGUGCCUACAAAAAAAAUGUACUCAAUUAUUAUAAAGUUCGUGUUCAUAAGGAAAA